GUCAAGCGGGAAGGGUUUCAAGAAAGUGAGCAAGUAUGGCACUCAUGAGAGUUGUCUGUGUGGUGUUUUUCUGUGUUCUGAUUCGGCCUUCUAGCACAGAAACUGUCGACGAACUGUUAAACAGAUGUAUGGUGAGCAAGACACAAAAGUCGAAGCCAAGUCCAGAGCCUGGUUUGCAAGGAGUCUGUUCACCAUGGAAAGAGAACUCCUGUUGUGACGCGAAAAUCGCAAGGGAUGUUGAGUACAAUGCCACGUGGAUGGACUUCGACUUCAAUCACUGUCCAGGCAAAACACUAUCUCCCCAAUGCGAAAAAUAUUUCAAGUUGGAUCUCUGUUUCUACGAGUGUUCACCCAACAAAGGGCCUUGGAUUAAAAAGGUGGACCAGACGUUCAGAAAAGAACGCUUUAUCGGCGUGCCGCUAUGUGAGAGUGAUUGCUUAAGUUGGUGGGAGGCCUGUAAGGACGCAUAUACGUGUCUAUCUAGAUGGGAUAAGGGCUUCGACUGGUCGGAAGGUCAAAACAAGUGCCCAGCUGGAAACGAAUGCCGCAAAUUUACGGAAGUCUUCCAAAACUCGGUGGACUUCUGCCAAAACUUAUGGGGAGGUUCUUGGAAAGUGGUCUCCGAUAUGGCUGAAGAGUGUGUGAAGAUCGAAUUCUCUGGUUCUAACCCUAACAACAAAGUGGCUAGAGAGUACGCUGGGAAAAUUGUAAGUGGGGCAGUAACCGUUGACACUCAUUUUAGACUGACGGUCGUCUCAGUUUUGAUGUACAUCUGUCAUGUUCAUUUAAAGUAGAUACACGAAAAACAAAAGGAAUACAAGACUACAUGUAUAUACCUCGUGAGCUUCCGAGGUGGGCCUAUAUAACUACAUGUACUGAUGCAUUUUCAUACAAACUAUCAGUAAACUUUCAGCUAGAUUUAGAGAUUGAAUAAAUGAUAAUUUCUGUAUGUUUUUCACCUAUGCAUGCAUUUUUACUUUUACGUAGUUCCAAUAGCUCGGAUUUAUAUUUUUCUUUUAGACAAUCAAGAAUGUACCUGUAAAAUUUCAAAAUAAACAGCAUGA